AUGACCACUGGGGCUGAUGCAAUUGACUGGCCUAAUCAGCAUAGCCGAAUGGAUGAUGGAGAUGGCUUUGCCCAGCAUGAUGACAACACCAUCGUGGCUGGUAUAGCUGAUGGCAUUACCCAACAUGGUGACGACAACCAGAUUGCCAACGAAGGGGGAGAGGAGAGAAGGGACCGGGGACAUAAUAUGGGACUUGGUCUCCAAAGGUUAAACCAAGCGCGUCGUGGCAAGCUGCAAGUUGUCAUAACUGAAGGGCAUAUAAGGCCGGUGGUUCCUCUUGUUGCUGCAAAGUUUGCAAGUGAAUGCAACAUCAUAGUUAGGAACCAUGUGCCUAUACUCCCGCAUUGGAAGCUGUACAAGAAAAAACCUGCAUCAAGUUCAAAGGAGAAAGAACCAAAAGAGAAAGAACCAAACGAGAAAGAACCAAAAGAGAAAGAACCUGCAUCUGCGUAUGUUGAUUUAUUCUUAGGAAAACUAAAGGCCAAGUUUGACAUAAACACAGAGGAUAACACAGUUAAAAAGGGUUGUAUUGAGAUGAUGCAAUCUGCGGUCUGCCAACAAAGAUACAGGCUGAAGGCAGAAUAUUUUGAUCCUUUUCCACUACAUUUGGUUACAAAAACUUCUCCUGUCAAAUGCAUGACUGAUGAACAGUGGCUUAAACUUUUAGAAUCAUGGAAGAGUCCCAAAAAGAUGACUCAGAUGGAAAACAAGCUAUCUACAACAACAGAAGGUGAAGAACUUAAGUCUGCGGCUCAAGUUGUUGCUAAUGUGCUUGCUGAGAACAUCAAGAAGAAUCAGUUCUUGCAGAAUGUGGGGUACCAGAAAGCCCGGCGUAUUUCCAAUGAGCAUAGCGCUGAACUGGAAGCGGAGAAAAAGACCAAUGGUGAGCUUCGUGUACAAGUGGUUGAUUUGUCAAAUAAAGUGCAAGAAUCUGAGCAGGCAAGGAUUAUUGACCGAGAGGAGAUGAAGAGGAGUCAAUCUGAGAUGGAAGCAAAACUUAACCUUUUACUUAGUCAAAUUUGA